AUGGUAGUGAGAUUUUUCAAGAAAAAUCUUGUUCGGAACUUACUCGAGUGCUCUUGCGGUCCCCAAUGCAAUCUUGACACGAGUGUUCCACGUCAAAGGCUUAAAGAUGCAGAAAUUCGUGCAAGGACCCGUUUUUAUGGAACUCAUAAACGAGAAGGUGUUGACCAUGCUCCGAACAAUACCCAAUCAGCUCAGUUACAUUCGGAUGGUGCAAUUUCGAAAUUUCAGACACAAUGUCCAGGAAAACCUCUGAAUUCGAAAUCAGCAACUGAGAACAGCUUAGCAUCUAUUGGUGCCCUGUUGACUUUCUUCGGGGGCACAAUCGGCAUAACGCCUAGACCUCAAGUACCUUGCGCUUCUUGCGAAGUUAGGGGAGCAAAAGGCUGGUUGUCGAGCUUCUCAAUGUCCAUGGGUGACUUUCUCGAUCGUCUCUUUAUGACGAAAAACGCAACUAUAGCCCCAAUGACCAGAAUAGAAAUAACAAUUCCGGCUAUAGCACCGCCGCCAAUGCCGGAAGAGCCUCCGCCGCCACCGGACGAGCCUUCACCGCCACUGCCGCCGCCGCCACGGUGGUUCCGGCUGGGCCUGACAGCUGGCGGAGUGCCAGGUGGCGGUGGAGGGGCAGGCCCGGAAUUGAAUUGA